GUUCUGAAAAAGCGCGUCCAAGUCAACAGAACAUUUCAAAUCUGCCACAACACCUACAGACAGACAACACCGAAGCACUCAAAAUGACAGACGCAGCCCGAGCUCAGAUUUCACGAGGAGCCUUGAAUGCUAUUUUCAACGACCCCGCCGCCCUCGAAAGACAAUAUCCUGUCCCAGUCUGCCAGUGCGUGCAGAUCAAGACUCUUCAAUCUAGUGGAGAUGGCGCACCAGAUAGAUAUCGUCUAGUUCUGAGCGAUAUGGACAACUUUGUUCAGAGCAUGCUUGCAACCCAGGCAAAUCAUGUUGUGCACGAAGGAAAAUUGAAAAAGGGAUGCAUCGUGAGACUCAAGCAAUACCAAGCAAAUGCUGUCAAGGGCAAAAGAAUUCUAAUCAUCCUGGAUCUUGAAGUUAUAGAGAGCUUGGGCGAACUCGAAAAGAUUGGAGAACCAGUCGCUCUCACAGUGAAGGACGAGGCAGAUAUCAAGCCUACGAACACGACUAUUGCUGGCAACGGCUUUUAUGGUAACCAGACCAAGCCUGCUCCGGUUGUCCAAGAAAGAGCCCUGCCAUCGCGUUCUGGACCUACGAGCUCUUCAUCCCAUGCGAAUAUAUACCCUAUCGAAGGCCUAUCACCCUAUGCUCAUAAAUGGACCAUUAAAGCUCGAGUAACGCAGAAGUCGGACAUCAAGACAUGGAAGAAGGCAAGCAGUGAAGGAAAGCUCUUUAGUGUCAAUCUUCUGGAUGAGAGUGGCGAAAUCAAGGCAACCGGCUUCAAUGAGCAGUGUGACAUGCUCUACGACACAUUCCAGGAAGGCUCGGUUUAUUACAUCUCAAACCCUUGCCGAGUGCAACUCGCAAAGAAACAGUUCUCGAAUCUUGCCAAUGACUACGAACUUACCUUCGAGAGAGAUACCGUGGUGGAGAAGGCCGAGGACCAGGACAAUGUACCUCAAAUCAGAUAUAACUUCACCACUAUCUCAGCUUUACAGGAUAUUGAGAAGGACUCAACAAUCGAUAUCAUUGGUGUUUUGAAGGAAGUUGCCGACGUCAAUCAGAUCGUAUCGAAGACAACUCAACAACCUUUCGACAAGCGCGAACUUACGCUGGUUGAUGACACAGGUUAUUCAGUCAGGCUAACGAUCUGGGGCAAAUCAGCAGUCUCCUUCGAUGCUAAUCCCGAGUCAAUCAUCGCUUUCAAGGGUACCAAAGUCUCAGAUUUCGGUGGUCGCAGUCUGAGCUUACUCUCUUCUGGCACAAUGGCUAUUGAUCCUGAUAUUCCAGAAGCCCACAAGCUAAAGGGAUGGUAUGAUUCCCAGGGUCGGAUGGACAGCUUUGCUACGCACAAUAGCAUGUCCGGUGCUGGAGCUGCCGGUGGUCGUGGUGAUCCGUUGAAGACCAUUGCUGCAGUCAAGGAGGAGAAUCUGGGAAUGUCUGAGAACGCCGACUAUUUCUCGGUUAGAGGCACAAUUGUCUACAUCAAACAAGAUAACUUUGCAUACCCAGCAUGCUUGAACGAUGGCUGCAACAAGAAGGUCGUCGACAUGGGAGAUGGCACGUGGAAUUGUGAGAAGUGCAAUGCUAGUCACCCAAGACCAGAGUACCGUUAUAUCAUGUCACUGAAUGUCAGUGAUCACACGGGUCAGCUGUGGUUGAGUUGCUUUGAUGAUGUUGGACGCCAGGUCAUGGGUAUGAGCGGAGAUCAACUCAUGGAGUUGAAAGAAAACGACACUGCUGCUAUGGAAAAGGCUUUCGAGAAUGCAAAUUGCAAGACUUUGACCUUCAAAUGCAGAGCCAAGAUGGACAGUUUCCAGGAUCAACAGAGAGUGCGCUACCAAGUUAUGAAUGGCACUCCUAUCAACUUCGCCGUUGAGGCCAACAAGCUUGCAGCCCUUAUCAAAACUUAUAGCCUCGACUAAAAUGUGUGGUGCUGCCGGUUAUCAUAUUUGGGGCUCUCGGUCCCGCGGUCAAGGGAAUGUUAAAGGAGUCAGAAUAGAGCAUAUUGCAUGCAUGAUCAAGUCUACUUCAUUGUAGAUUAUGGAAGGAUGACGAAACGGCUAAUGUGGGUGAUUCUUGAGACGUGGUGGUCGGAUUCUGAUUAUCCUGGCGUUUUUGGUUGCACUGGUAGUAGCUAUCCUGUGAAUGAGCAAAUGAAAGUACUUUUUCCAUGAGA